UCUGAAUCCUUCACUUCCGACUUAGCAAUCUGAGCAAAGCAAACAUCAACAUACCCAAGAUACAGAAGACAGAAUGAAGGCAGCACGUUACUACGGAAAGGAAGACAUUCAGAUCAAAGACGACAUACCAGUACCCGAGACUGGCGAUGGCGAAGUCAAAAUCGCACCAGCUUUCGUAGGUAUAUGCGGAACGGAUCUCCAUGAAUAUAUGGGAGGACCGAACUUCUCGCCAACACAACCACAUCCCGUAACGAAAGAGCAAAUACCCAUCACAAUCGGCCACGAAUUCUCUGGAGUCGUUAAAGAAGUCGGCACAGGUGUCAGUGGUCUAAAACCAGGAGACAAUGUCGCAGUACAGCCGACGAUCUAUUGCGGACAUUGCGGAGCAUGCAAAGUAAAUGCAGAGAACGCAUGUCCCAACGGCGGCUUCGUUGGGUUGAGCGGAGGUGGAGGCGGCAUGAGCGAGUUCGUGGUCGUGCCUCAAGAAGCCGUCUUCCCACUUCCAUCGAAUGUCGAUCUCGCCAUUGGAGCUUUGGUGGAGCCAUUGGCUGUUGCUUGGCACGCCGUGGAUGCUUCACCCAUCGCGAGUCUGAAAGAGCCGACUGCUUUGGUAUUUGGAGGUGGCCCGAUAGGAUUGGCUGUCGUCCAAGUCCUUCUCGCGCGAGGAACUAAGACCGUGAUCUGUGCAGAAGUUGCGAAGAAGAGACAAGAGUUCGCCAAGGACUUUGGAGCACAUCAUGUUAUUGAUCCGACCAAGGUCGAUGUCGCCACUACGGCUUUGGAGCUUUGCGGUGGUCUCAACGGACCUGAUCUCGUUUUCGACUGCGCAGGUGUACCCAAGUCAUUAGAGACAGCCUGCAAGGCUGUCAGAUCGCGAGGCACCGUCAUCAAUGUCGCGAUCUGGGAGAAGGAAGUCCCGUUCAAUCCGAAUUGGCUCGUCUUCCGCGAAGCUAGCUAUAAGGCUGUGCUGGGGUAUCAAGCCAAGGAUUUCCAGGGUGUCGUGGACGCGCUGGGACAGGGUAAGCUGAAGCCGGAGAGCAUGAUCACCAGCAAGAUUUUGAUGAGUAAGCUUGUCGACGAUGGGUACCUCGCAUUGAUCAAUGAGAAGGAUAAGCAUGUGAAGAUAUUGGUGGAUGUGCAGGGC